AUGAUCAGGAAGCAUCAAAGAGAAGUGAGGAGUCGAAAAGAUUUCCUGUUUAAAUUCUUGGUCAUAGGAAAUGCUGGAACUGGAAAGUCCUGUUUACUACACCAAUUUAUUGAGAAGAAAUUCAAAGAUGACUCAAAUCAUACUAUAGGAGUGGAAUUUGGUUCGAAGAUCAUAAAUGUUGGUGGUAAAUAUGUAAAAUUGCAGAUAUGGGAUACAGCAGGACAAGAGAGAUUCAGGUCUGUAACAAGGAGUUACUAUAGAGGAGCUGCAGGUGCUUUGCUUGUCUAUGAUAUAACCAGCCGAGAAACCUACAAUGCACUUACUAAUUGGUUGACGGAUGCAAGAAUGUUAGCAAGUCAAAAUAUUGUGAUAAUACUGUGUGGAAACAAAAAGGAUCUUGAUGCAGAUCGUGAAGUUACUUUUUUAGAAGCAUCCCGCUUUGCACAAGAAAAUGAGCUGAUGUUCCUGGAAACAAGUGCACUAACGGGGGAAAAUGUUGAAGAGGCCUUUGUACAGUGUGCAAGAAAAAUACUCAAUAAAAUUGAAUCAGGAGAAUUGGAUCCAGAAAGAAUGGGCUCAGGUAUUCAGUAUGGAGAUGCUGCCUUGAGACAGCUGAGAUCACCACGUAGAGCACAAGCACAAAGUGCUCAAGAAUGUGGAUGUUAAAGAAACAAAACACAAAUCCCCAAAUACUCACUUUAGAUACAGAAGCUGUCCUUGCAAAUGGCGUUUGAAGAAACAGACAAAGCUUGAAGGCUAUGCAGUUUUUAAAAACAUCUUUCCACUAUCUAUAAACAGAGGAGACCACUGCUGACAGAAAGGUGUACCCUGUGGUGUGGGGCAGGAAUGUUCAUAUGACACAAGUCUGGAAAGCAAACUUGAUAAUUUGGUGGACAAUAUUAAGACUCAUAGCUGUAUGUAAAAUUUUCCAUUACCUGGUUUUGUUCUUUCACCUCUGGUUUAAAGCAUUGCUAUAUACUGUAAAUAAUGUAAUAGUAAAUUUACAAAGCAUGGUAUACUUAUGUAUGCUGAUAGAAUGUUGCACUACAAGCAGUUUAAUAUUUUAUUUUUUUAUCAUAUAAACAAAUUUAACUGAGGUAGGCUUUGUCAUGUUUGUUUGUUGCACAAUAGUUUAUAUUUAUGACCUGAAUUAUAAAACCACUGGCGCUGUCAGAGAGAGGUUGUUGUUUUAUUUUUCCUACUUAGUUUGCUGCAUUCUAACAAGCUGUUGACAUAUUCUCAACAUAUGGUUAGGACCCAUAUUUAGGUUUACUAAUAUGUCAAGUUCAAAAUGUUAUUUUUAUUGACAUUUACACAUUCUGUUCUAUUGCAGUUCUUAAAUAAUUUCUGAAGCUCUUUUAUCAAAUUUCAAAAGUUUAGAAAAAAUACUUUUCAGUCUCUUCAAAUGGCAGUUGACUGAGUUGGAUUUUGGAAUUUUCUGUUUUCUUGUUCUGAUGUUUUGUGUAGCACUGGCAUUAUGAAGAUGGAAUGUAUAUGUGAACAGAACUGUGCAUCUUCUGUGUGUGUUGUAAUUCUAGGGCAGGGGCUUACAGAGAACGAUCACAGUAGGAGCUCUCCUCACCUCUUAUCACAGAGCUAUGGAAGUAUGGUCUGUGUUGAAGCAUACCCCAGAUGAGGAGUUCUGAAGUAUCCUGAAUGUAUGAAACUUAAAAUACUAUUUUAUUUUUCUUAGACAUUAAUAAAUUACAGUUAAAAACUUGAAUUUAAAAAUUAGACUUUAAAAUUGGAAGCUUACAGUCUGUCUUGCUGGAGCUCUACCUUUUGAAUUUCACGUGAGUGGCACUGUCCAUGUUGCCCUCAGGAGACUCGUGUGAUGGAAGGAAAACCAAGCGUACUACUUAAGUAGUUUUUCUUCCUGUGAAAUUCAUCAAGGAGAAUUUCAGCCUUGGUACUGAUUUUUUUUUUUUUUUCUGUGUUAAAACCCAUAACUCAGGCUUUCUUUCCUUCCCUCUUUUUAUUGUGGGGAGGAGGCAUGGGGCAAGAGAUUAGGAAGCCCGUCCUCAUUCCUUAGCUGGAGACAGAAGAGGAAGAAAUUUGCAGAGGGUCCAAGGGGGAGGACUGAAGCACAAGUAUUGCCUAUCGCUUUUACAGUGCCCUGACAACUGAUCAGGUAAGAGGCCUGUGGCUUGUUUUGCCAGAUAAGGAGCUGCAGAAUUAAGCUAGUGUUUCUGGGGGGGGCUGAACUGAGGAGGGGCAAUUUCACUUCCACUGAUGAAAAUCACUAAUCGUAUUUUUACUUGGCUACUUGUAAAACUAGAAAUGGGACAUCUCCUUGGAAGUGCAAAUUAAAACAAAGUAAUUUGAUUAGAACCUAGUAUUGAAAUUCCAAGUCAAACAUGCUUUAUUAUUGUCUAUAUAUGAAGCUUUUGGAGGGUCACUUGUCAAAUGCAUGUUUGAAAACUAAAUCAGAAAACUGAACUGAUGCUGUAAUUUAGAGGGCAGUUAAAGCACAAGAGCAAAGCAGGAGUGCUAACAGGCAUACCAUUUUUUGUGGAAUUAGAAUUGUGUUUAAAGCUAUUCCCUUCAUCCUGCCAUUUUUGGUUCAAAUGGAUACUUACCUGAAAAUUGUACACCUUAUGUGAUUAAAAGGAAUUAAGUUUGCUUUGUACUUAAAAAGCCUAGGUUUUGUUUUAAAAAGGCUGUUGGUUCCAAAGACUUCAAUGUUACAGCUCUCUCCUAUGUAUAGUGUAAUAUUUAGGAUUGGAUUUGCUACGUAACUGAUAAGAAUUAUUCCCAAGGAAUAUUCUCUUCCUGGUAAGAGCGUAAUGUAUUUUUGAAGCAGCUUAACUGUGCAUUUACCAGAAUGUCAAAGAACUCCAGAGGAACUUACCUGUCGUAAUCUUCACUCAACUUACUCUGGCUUCCACUACUCGGGACUGGAAGGAAUAACCAAGAGCAAGUCCUGGGAAGCAGAUGGUGGCUGUAGUUGUCUCCACCAGUCCAAGUGGCACAGUAUUAACUGAGAUGUGUUGUGUUUCCACCAGGGUUGGGGAGGGGACUGUGUUGGUUCCAAAACCCCAAACCAGUUCUGGAAUGCUGGGAAAAGAGGAUAUUUUUGGAAGUCUGUUCCCUGCCCUUACCACAGUCUAAUCAGGUUUCUGGGUAUACUCACACCAGUGUAGCUGGGGCAUAGCUCAAGUAAAGCUUAAGGUCUCUCUUGUCACUGUUACAAUGGUUGGAGGGGGCUUGGCUGCUUAUCAAUACUACUUUCCGCUAUGACAGUAGCAGCUGACAGGAACAGGGGGCUCUUACUCAAUUCCAUUGCUUUUAAAUAGAAAUUUUAGGGGUUUGGCAGGGAUUUUCUUAUACUUCUUCCUGUCCUUUUCCCUUGACCUACAAGACUGGCCUCUUUUGUAUACUCAGUUCUUAUGAUCAUUUUGGUCAAGAAGCAGUAAGCACAGUUUUAUUCUUCCUGUAACCAACUGUCUUAAGCUGUCCCCUUCCUACCUGGAAGGACAGAAUAGAGUCAUUAUAAUGAGUUUUAACAUUUUUUUAUCAUUUUUUUAAUGUAUACUCUUAAUGUAUACACAUUAACCAGAUUAAUGUGCACGUUUUGUAGUAUUGCAACCUUUUAUGCGUAUCUACUGACACUUUAAAAAGAAACUUUCUAAAAGCGCAGCUGCUGAGGGAACUACUGUUGGAAGCAAUAGCUCUCACCAGUGCAAGCUGUAUUGUUUACUGUGUCUCCUCUGAGGGUUUUUUUUUUUAAUUUCUAAAAAUAAACAUCAUGUCAAUAUCAGCCCUAGAGUAGAUUUUAAGCUUUAGCUUAAAACAGCAACCCAAACCUAGCUCACCUAAACAGUAAGUGAUAAAUAGGUUGUUAUGUAUGUUUUUAGUGUAAAAUUCAUACUUUACCAAAGCGAGAUGGCUUGGAGUUUUACAUUAAAUAAUACUGGGUACCUGUAUCCUAGAAUUUAUUGGAUGUGGAGCUUUAGCUGUUCAGAUCUUUAAAAAGAUUUAAAUGUCUUAUUAAAGCCUAUGUCUUGCCUUUUAAUCAGUCUGUUGGCCUACACUAUUUCAUUUAAUGCUUGUAUCUAGCACCAAAUAAAGAAUCUUUCUUGAUUUUC